AUGCUCAUUUGCCGAGUGCAGUUUGCAAGUGCAACUCUCGCUGCCUGCAGGCAGCAUGAGCUCUCAUGGCGUAGGCUCCUGUGGGUUGCUCAUGGUGCGGGCUCUGAUUCUCCAAUGCAGUUCCAGUACGUCAAGUACGGUUGGUUUGGCAGCCUGAAGAUCUUCUCGAAGGCUGCGUUCGAGACGCUCCUGGGGUCGACGGCCUCGUGCGAGAACGGUGGGAACGACUGGAAGGUGGGCAUAGAUGGUGGCAAGUUGGGGCCCAUGGGCGAGGACCUGUUUGCGCAGGCCUGCCUGGACGCGAACGGCGCUUUGGAUCGGGUGCGGCUCCAAGCUGGACGGGACCGCUGCUCUGGUGAAAAGCGAGUUUCACAGUUCGAGAGCGGACUGCCAGGCGGUCGCGCGCUCCCACAUACGGCGUGA